AUUGUGGCAUCACGAUCACAACGUAAUAUGGUAGUGUGUAAUGUUAGAAAAUAAAAUUCGUUUCUGCUGAAUUUAUGUUCUCGUUGGCGUGUUGCAUUUUUUUAAAGUCGAAUGCUUUUCAUAAUGGAGAUGCGGUUUAUUCACGAAUGCGGCCAUAUUUAAUCAACUUUCUUCAUGUUACACAAUGAGUGGCGAAUUUCCUGCAGUAGCUGCUACAAAUCAGAACGUUAAUCCAAGUACCGCAUUUGCAGCAGCUGUUCAGAAAGCACGAGAGAUAGCAGCUAAAAUUCAACCAAGUAAUUCAUCAUCAUCAGAAUCAGCUCACAAAAGAAAUCUUGAAGACUCUAAAUCAGGUGAACCCGAAACUAAGAAACAAGCGAUCUUACCGCCCAGUCCAUCGAACAACUCAAACAGUUGUUCUCCUCUUUUGAAUUCUGCCGCCAGAGUGGCUGCAGCAGCAGCGGCAGGGAUCCAAGGGGUUGGUGUAUCCAACCUCAUGGGACCCGUAUCAAAUAAGGAUAUCAAAGUACCGGAUAAGAUGGUCGGCUUGAUUAUUGGUCGUGGAGGUGAACAAAUAACUAGAUUACAAGCGGAAUCCGGUUGUAAGAUUCAAAUGGCUCCUGAUAGCGGAGGGAUGCCUGAUAGAAUAUGCACUCUUACCGGAAAUGCUCAAAGCAUAGCGAAAGCCGAAGAAUUAAUCCAGCAAAUCGUUCAGUCACGGAGUCGUGAAAUUUUACCUUUAGGAGGUGUCGGUAAUGGCACAUCCGGUGUAAAUUCUGUUGGUAUGCAAAAUAGUAGCUCUAGACUCUCUGAUAGCAUGAGUUCUGGAUUACCUCCCUCAAUUCCUACUGUUUCUACUCCUACGUUUACUCAGAUUGAAAUGAUGGUACCUGGUCCUAAAGUUGGUUUGAUUAUCGGUAAAGGGGGUGAAACUAUUAAGCAGUUACAAGAAAAGUCUGGCGCUAAAAUGGUUAUUAUUCAAGAUGGUCCUUCGCAAGAAGCAGAAAAGCCAUUAAGAAUAAGCGGUGAUCCUCAAAAAGUGGACCACGCCAAAGCCUUAGUGUAUGAAUUUAUGGCAGAAAAAGAACAACAACUCCAAAAGAAUAGAGGAAGAUCAGGUGGUGGAAGCGGUGGUGGUGGUGGGGGUGGAAAUUACAAUUCUAAUUCCAAUAACUCUCGCACUUGGGAUCCUGAAGUUACGGAAAGUAGUGUCGCCGUGCCUGCUGCUAAAUGUGGCGUUAUCAUUGGAAAAGGUGGCGAAACCAUCAGACAAAUUAAUCAACAGACUGGAGCACAUUGUGAAAUCGAUCGUAGACAGCAAGCUAAUAUGCAAGAAAAAAUAUUCAUUAUUAAAGGAACCCCUGAACAAAUCGAAAAUGCUAAGCGAAUGUUCUCCGAUAAAUUGAAUAUGAAUCUGUCUGGCAGCACGAACGGGCCCAGUAGUAAUUAUGGUGUUGGAAGUGGUACGAAUUUGAGUUCGGUAUCCAAUUUUAACGGAGGUAGUCCUUGGUCAGGUGGUCCUGGACCUCAAUCGUUCCAACAGCAGUGGCCGAAUUCUUCUCAGGGGCAAGGUCAGCCGCAACAAAUGCCGCAACAUCCGUCUUCGGGUGAGUUCAGUGCAAAUGGCGGUGGCGCUGUGCAAAUUAAUCCUACGACAGGACAGCCCGAUUACAGCGCUCAAUGGGUAGAGUAUUACAGGUCUAUGGGUAUGCACAAGGAAGCGGCUGUAAUCGAAGAACAAGCUAAAGCUUCGAAGUCCGGCGGUGCGCAGCAAAUGCACGCGCAAGGCAUAUCUUCUCAAAGUCAGUUGGCAAUGCAGAGUUUGACUAGUAUUGGGCAGGGACAACAAGUGCCCAUUGGCCAGCAACAGCAGUCAAUAGCAGCAACGCCACAGCCUCAGGCACAAGGCGAUCAAGGUGGUCAGCCCGAUUACAGCGCUCAGUGGGCACAUUAUUAUCGAUCUUUGGGUAAAAUUAAGGAAGCUGAAGCUAUCGAAGCUCAGAUGAAAGCUAAAGCCGCUUCACAGCAAACUCCUGUGCAGCCUGGUAGCGGUUUGGUUUCGUCUCAACCCAAUUCUUCUUCCGUUCCCAGCAUGUAUAAUCAACAAGCGGCUGCUUUAGCCGCCGCCCAAUACAGCUUAGGCGGUUUUCCGUCCGCUGGUUCCGCUGCUAGUUAUUAUGGCACUCCGCAACCAACGGGAGGCGCUCCCCAAUACGCAUAUCCGAAUUAUGGAGCUUACCAACAACCAGCAACGAAUGAUUCUCAUCAGUAAUGAUAUUGUAUAUGUCGUUUAAGGUAUCGUUGGCUGAAGCGCCUACGAACAACAGGUUUGCAUUAAUCGACAGUUAAUCUUCGAUGAGUGGCGCUUAUAAAUUAAUUAUUUAAAUCUUACAUUAAUUUUUCUCUUUAUUUCCUCUUGUUUUUUUAAUAGCUCUGUUAAAUUGUGUUACAUUAUAUUAUCUUAUUUUUCUUUUCAAUUAUUGUUCGGUAUUUUUACUCAUUGUAACGAAGUAUAUAAUAUUGAUGUAUUAAUUUUUUGGUCUUCGACUUCAUGUCAUUACAUAUUUUGUUGUUUAUGUAUGUUGUAAGCCCUUGAUUUUAGUUAUUUUUCCCUUGUGUGCGUAAUUAUCGAUUUAUUAUUUUUUUUAAAGUGAAAAAGUCUUAUAUGAAAUGAUUUGUUUAAAGAGAUAUGUUUCUUUUUUUAAAAUUUAUUAUUACCCUGUAUGUGUGCACUUGUGUUUUUUUUGUCCUUUUUUCAUUAUUUUUUUUAGCAUGCUUGUUUAAAUUAGAUUACUCGACAUUUUUUCGCGAUCGCAGGUUAUCUAAGUUUUAUUGUUUGUCUCUCCCUUUUUUUUAACUUUUAAAGAUUUAUUUAUUUUGAUUUAUUUUUAAAAAAAAGAAUCAUUAACGAACAUUUUUAUUCUCUAUAUUUACAUUGUGUCGUGUUAAUUUUUUGCAUAAAAGUAUUUUCUUCGUCUAAAAGAAGAGAAAUUUUUAUGCUUAUAGGUUGAAGCGUUAUAAAUUUUAAUGAAAUAAUAUUGCAUAAUUUACUGGUGGUUAUUUUAUUUUUUGCGAGAUAGGUGCGAACCGAUGUUGUGAUUUUUUUUCGCCUCGAGAGCGACCUGAAAAUGUUAAUCGUACAUUUUCAUUCGUAAAUUUUUAGGACUGAUAUUUAUACAUAUACGAGAUUUCAUUUCAAUUUAAUUUAAUAGUGCGAUAAUAUGACAGAUGUAAUUUUAAGAUCUCUCUCCCCCUCAGUUUUUUUUUCUACUGUUUUCAAUAUUUUGUUUUCUUCAUAUACUAGAAAGAGUGAGAGUUUUUGUGGGGUUUUUAUAAUAUUAUCGGUACUCGUUUGCAUUUUAUUAAAUGAUGAAUUUCGUAAAAUGCUUUUUUUUUUGUAAAAUUUUUUCCCUGGUGUAUGUCUUAAUUUGUCUGUAUUGUCGCAAUAUUAGAAUUUUCCUAUCAACGUUAUCACAGUUUUUUAUUGCAAUUUCUCCCUGUUUCCCUCUCUUUUUAAAAUCGAGUUUAUCAUGUAUCGUUAAAAAUGUUAUCGUAAGUGUGCUUUUUAUUAUGAAUUUAAUGCAUGAUACCAUUUAAUUUAAUUUACGAGUUAAUUGGCCACUUUUACUCUAGUACUUACUAAUAUAGUAAUUGCAUAUUGUUUCGUA